AUGAACUAUUUCCAUUUAUCCGGUGUUGGAAUAUGGGCGCUAAUAAUUAUUAUCAAAAUAAAUGUGUUAUUGGUAACAUCAGAAUUGGUUACAAUUCAGAAAGGGGAUCCAAGUGAAUGGCGAGAAUAUGGAGCAGAAGCCAACUUCCUGGUAUUUAAUAGCAUAUACGCAAUAUCUAUAAAUGAAGAACUACUAAAUGGUAAUAGAUAUUGUUCUGGUCAAUGUGAUAAUAUUAAUCCAUGGAAUCGUCAAUGGGCUGCACAUUAUUUCAGUUAUCCAAAUACUUGUAGAGGAUAUAUUCAUUACUGCUGGUUCAAAGCCAAAACCGAAAACCGGAAAAAACUCGAAGCGGAACUGGCUGACCUAAGAAGCGUAAUGCGAACACCGGUGUUCCGUUAUAGUCAAAAUUGUAUCAUCAAAUCAGAACGGGAAAUACAGAAUCGAUUGAGCUAUACUGGUAACGAAUGCUACUGUCUUUGCGAACGUCACGAUAACCAUCCUAAUAAUCCGCGUGGUGAUUUGAUCGAUUCCAUUUGUUAUGAUCCAGUUUCAGUUGAUGACGGCUAUGUUGCAACUGGCGUGAGAUUUAAAAAACAUAGUAAUAUAGUUUACCUUGAACUUCAGCAAGGUCUAUUUUAUCAGCUGGACGAAUAGAUCCUGCUACUUUGAAGUGGACAACU